GUUUAUUAAAGUAAAAUAAAAAAAAUUUGAUUUAUCUGUUGUCUUCGUCUUUGCUUGUGCGUUUGCCACCACAACGUUGUCUCCUCUUCUGGUUUUACUCAUUGCUCUUUGAUUGAUUGGUCUUGCCUCCGUCUCUUUUUCCUCUAAUGGCUUCCAAUCCAGACAAGAAUCUGUCUCCUUCAGAUGAGAAAACCGGUUCGACCGAGAGUCCUAAACCGGAAUCAACAGCCUCUGGGAGUUCACCUUCAUCAGCUGCCCUCAAUUUCAAUGCUUUUGAUUUCUCUAACAUGGCUGGUAUCCUCAACGAUCCAAGCAUUAGAGAAUUGGCUGAGCAGAUUGCUAAAGAUCCCGCCUUUAACCAAUUAGCUGAGCAGCUUCAGAGAUCUAUCCCAAACGCAGCUCAAGGAGGAGCAGGAGAAGGAGGUUUCCCUAACAUUGAUCCGCAACAGUAUGUUAGCACGAUGCAGCAGGUUAUGCAUAACCCUGAGUUUCAGACUAUGGCUGAGCGUCUUGGUAAAGCCUUAGUUCAGGAUCCACAAAUGUCUCCGUUUUUGGAAGCUUUCUCGAAUCCUGAAACGGCAGAGCAUUUUACUGAGCGUAUGGCGAGGAUGAAGGAGGAUCCGGAGUUGAAACCUAUACUUGAUGAGAUUGAUGCUGGUGGUCCUUCUGCUAUGAUGAAGUACUGGAAUGAUAAAGAUGUGCUGAAUAAGCUUGGUGAAGCAAUGGGUAUGCCUGUUGCUGGCUUGCCAGGCCAGACUGCUUCAGCUGAACCCGAGGUAGCAGCGGAAGAAGGUGAGGAAGAAGAAGAAGAGUCUGUUGUUCAUCAAACUGCUAGUCUUGGUGAUGUUGAGGGUUUGAAAAAUGCUUUGGAAUCUGGUGGUAACAAAGAUGAAGAAGAUUCUGAAGGAAGGACAGCAUUGCAUUUUGCUUGUGGAUACGGCGAGUUGAAAUGUGCUCAAGUCCUUAUCGACGCUGGAGCAAGUGUGAACGCGGUUGACAAAAACAAGAACACACCACUUCAUUACGCUGCUGGUUACGGGAGGAAAGAGUGUGUUAGCCUUCUCCUAGAGAAUGGUGCUGCAGUGACUCUGCAAAACCAAGACGAGAAGACACCCAUUGACGUGGCCAAGCUCAACAACCAAGUCGAGGUGGUGAAGCUGCUCGAGAAGGACGCUUUCCUUUGAGCUUAUGGUUAAAGCAAGCUCUCUAAGAUCAUGUUGUCUUGUGUUGUUGUGUGUUAAAGCAAGCAAGCUCACAGACUUUUUGUAUACUUGUUUUCCUGAUUUAAUCGUGUUUUAUUUUAAUUAUUACUCUCUUGAUUAAUUAUUUGUUUUGUUCAGAAAAAAUAUUUUAA